AUGGACAGCAACAACCUCCUGGCGGCGUGGCCGGUCGUGGGCCCGGGCGUCGCCGGCGCCGUAUUCGGCGCCGGCUGGUGGUUCUGGGUCGACGCCGUCGUCUGCAGCGCCGCCGCCGUCCCAUUCCUCCACUACCUCCCAGGGUUCUUCGCCUCGUUCGCCGCGCUCAUGUUCAACGCCGUCAACCGGGAGGACAUCGGCGAUGGCUACUACUCACCGUACGACGACUCCGAAUGGAGAUACGGGACCAUCUGCGUGGACUGGCACUGCUGGUGUCCUGCAGUGCGUUUUUGUGUUAGUGAGUGGGUUGAUCUACUGGACGUGCCACUCUGA